AUGUCAACGGAGGCGGAACUAAUUGCUGAAAUUGCGGCUGCUGGUGACAAAGUACGCGAUUUAAAGGCGGCAAAAGACUCUAGUAAUGCCGAUGAGAUCAAAGCGGCUGUAGCGCAAUUGCUAGCACUUAAGACGCAGUUUAAAGCCGUGACAGGCAAAGACUUUGGUCCACCGCCCAAGGCCAAGAAGGAAAAGAAGACGCAAUCCGAACAGCCGACGGUUGUGGAUCCGUCUAAGAAAUCAAAGAAAGAGCUCAAUAAAGAGCGUAAGAAAGCGCACAAACACGCCGUCAAGUCUGGCGUAGCAGACGAGUUGGUCGCUGUCCCUGCUGCUACUUCAGUACCGGUCAGUACCGGUACCAAUACCGGUACCAAGAAGACAUUACAAAAGGCCUUGCAUGCAGGUAUGGAGCUUCCGACGCUCUCCAUUGAAGAUGAUGGCGUUAUUGUGUUCUCUAGUGCCGGGCAGCUACCUCGGGCCAGUUUCAUCGUCGCACAACUCGUCAACUACACCCCAAGUUUUUAUAAUGUUGGUCGUGAUACUACCAGUUCUACUUUAGUGCCUACACUUUCUCGAACUAAUGGCCAAAUUGUGUCUGGCGACUUUGCCAUUGCCCGGUAUUUGGCUCGUACUAAGCCAGAAUUGGGGUUGUAUGGUGUGGCAGCAAAGGAUGCAAUGGUCAUAGACGGUGCCUUGCCACCUUCCCAGAUUGAUGCAUGGCUUGACUUUGGUCUCACUCGUCUUGGCGUUACUUUAGAAAACGAUGGCGGACUUCAGAUUUUGAAUCGUGUGCUUAAGACACGGACUUUUCUUGUCGGUCAUGCUUUGUCCCUAGCAGACAUUGGCAUCUGGGCUCAGCUUACUUUAUUGCAGAAAAAUGUGGACCUAUCAUCGUAUACGUACGUUACUCGCUGGAUGAUGCACUUGGAAGCCCAGCAAACGUUGUUUGCAAAGGUUGACAGCUCCUUAAAGGCUCUGAAGCCUCAUCAGGUUGCUAUUCCUGCUGGAAAUGGAAAGAAGAUCAAGGAUGUAGGAAGCUGUCCGCCUUUACAGGACGCUGUGGACGGACAAGUUGUGACGCGGUUCCCUCCUGAACCUUCUGGAUACCUCCAUAUUGGCCACAUGAAGGCUUGUAUGCUAAACAACUAUUACGCACGUCACUAUCACGGCAAACUCAUUGUGCGCUUCGAUGACACGAACCCGAGCAAGGAAAAGGACGAGUUUGAGCAGAGCAUUCUGGCGGAUUUGAGACGUGUUGGUGUCGUACCGGAUGUCGUGACGUACACGUCGGACCAUUUUCCAAAGAUCACGGACUUUGCCCGUCAAAUGAUCCGCGAAGGAAACGCGUAUAUGGACAACACGCCACAGGAACAAAUGCGAGAGGAACGUAUGGAGGGCAUUAACUCCAAGUGUCGUGACCAGACACCGGAAGAGAAUCUGGCACUGUUUGAGAAGAUGCUAAAGAACGACCCGGAGGCUCAGGGCUAUUGUAUGCGCGGCAAGAUCGACAUGCAGGCAAAGAACAAGACGAUGCGUGACCCCGUGUUCUUCCGUUCGAAUCCGACGCCGCACCACCGCACAGGAACUAAGUACCAGGCGUACCCGACGUAUGAUCUUGCGUGCCCCAUUGUGGACUCCUUGGAAGGUGUGACCCAUGCACUGCGUACGACGGAGUACAACGACCGUGACUUUCAGUACCAGUGGGUGCUCGACACGCUUUGUCUGCGCAAGGUGAUUAUCCAGAGUUUUGCUCGUAUGAACUUUGUGUACUCAGUGCUAUCGAAGCGGAAAUUGCAGUGGUUUGUGGACAACGGCCAUGUGGAAGGCUGGACGGAUCCGCGUUUUCCGACGGUGCAAGGUGUGCUCCGUCGCGGUGUGCAGGUGGAUGCGCUGCGUGAGUUCAUUCUAAGCCAGGGUGCUUCGCGUCGUAUUACUGACAUGGAGUGGGACAAGUUUUGGACAGUCAACAAGCGGGUAUUGGAUCCGAUUGCUCCGCGUUACUUCGCUGUUGCCAAGGAGUUGUCGGUGUUGCUUACGCUUACGAAUGUGUCGAGCGAGGUAAUUGGAAUUCCGGUAGCUCGCCAUCCGAAGGAUCCGUCCAUGGGCAACAAGAUGGUACGUUUCUGCAACAAACUACUGCUUGAACGUGACGACGUUGCAAAGUUUGUAGAGGGUGAGGAGGUGACUCUUAUGCGUCAUGGCAACAUCAUUGUCAAGAAGUUGAACAAGGCUGCAGACGGCACCAUCACGAGUGUCGAGGCUGAGAAUUUUCCAGAAGGCGACUUUAAGAAGACGAAGCUGAAAGUCACAUGGCUGGCUGAUGUACAGGAUCUUGUGCCCCUCACGCUGGUAGAGUUCGAUCAUUUGCUCAACAAGCCCAAGCUGGAGGAGGGCGACAACUUUUACGACUUUCUCACGGAGACCACGCGUGCUGAGAUGCACGCUGUGGGUGACCACGAGCUUCGCAACAUGAAGGAGGGUGAGAUUGUGCAGCUGGAGCGUCGCGGGUAUUUCCGUGUGGACGUUCCGUACAUCUCGGACGAUAAACCAGUCAUUAUGUUUAUGGUGCCUGAUGGUAAGGUCAAGGCCAUGUCCACUCUGUCGACCAAGCUUGCCCACCGGUAA